AUGGGGAAAAGCGAGAGCUUUGGAGAUCAUGCCAUUGAUGCAGAAACCGUUAAUGAGGGUAUUGAAUGUGACCAUGUUGGAUUGGUAACCCAUCUUGAGAAUGGUUCCAAAAAGAGAAAAGGCAAAGGACGUGUGAGCCUGGUGGCAGUAACAAUAGGUCAAGAUGGUGAGACUGGCAAUGGAAAGGGUGAUUCCGCGGAGGUGGAGUUGGAGUUGGGUGAUGAGGGAAAUGACAGAGGGUUAAUGACUGAUCCAGACAAUAGCUCUCAAAAGCAUGUCGAAAGCGAAGAUGGGUGGGGGAGGGUGGGUUCGGAGCAUGCUAUUAAAAGAAAGAAGGGCGUUGUCAAGAAUGUGAAAUCCAGAAAAGUUAUGGAGUUGUAG